GUGAAGGGCCUGGUGUCGCUGAUCGUGCCCCUGCGCGACGUCUCGCUGGUGGAGCGGGCCGACUCGCCGGGCUGCACGCAGGACCUGUCGUCGGCCAUCUGCGUCUCGAUGAAGCACCGCCAGAGCUUCCUGUUCGCCCAGGUGGCCGACCGCGACUUCGUGCUCGAGCGGAUCGCCGAGUUCCUGGCCCGGCUCACCACCUGCGCGGCGGCACCGAGCGCUGAUCGAGUCAGCAUCCAGAGCGUGUCGUCCAACAGUUCGGGUUACAUUGUUGUCGACUCGGAUCAGCAGGGCAAGUCACAAGGGGGCGCCCAGGAGCCGUGGGAGCUGCCAGCCGCUGAUGUACCAGUUCCCCAGCCCCGCCUCGCCGGAGACCACCGGCCGGUCGCAGUCGCCAUCCUACUCGCCCUCAUCCUUGUCCCGGAGCAGUGGGAGCACCUCUUCGACGAGUACGGCCACGGCAUGACCAUGUACCGCACCUCGGCCACCAGUCAGCUGGUGCUCAAGGGCAUCCCCUCGACGCUGCGGGCCGAGCUCUGGAUGCUCUUCUCAGUCGCCCACCGGCAUCAACGCCUACGUCGCGUGCUCACCCGCUACGCUCUGCGCAACCCCAACAUCGGCUACUGCCAGGCCAUGAACAUCGUGGCGUCGGUGCUGCUGCUGUACUGCUCCGAGGAGCAGGCCUUCUGGCUGAUGGUGGCCAUCUGUGAGCGGCUGCUGCCAGACUACUACAACACGAAGGUGGUGGGAGCGCUGGUGGACCAGGGGGUGUUGGAGGACCUGAUCUCGGUGGAGUUGCCCGACCUCUACACCAAGCUGGAGCAGCUGGGCGUGGUGGGCAUGAUCUCCCUCUCCUGGUUCCUCACCAUCUUCCUCAGCGUGAUGCCGUUUGAGUCGGCGGUGAACGUGAUGGACUGCUUCCUGUUCGACGGUGCUCGCACCAACUUCAUGGUGGCGCUGGCCGUGCUGGAUGCCAACCGGGCCGCCCUGGAGGACUGCCGCGACGACGGCGAGGCGAUGACGUGCCUGUGCCGGUACCUGGAGGCCGUCACCAACUCGGACAUCCCGGUCCGCGUCGGCCAGUCGGUGUUCUACACCUACUACAAGCCCGACACCAAACACCUGGACGCAGAGCUGGGCACCGACUGUUUAACGCUGCUUGAUGGCCAGAACACCAGCAUCGACGUCUCGCUGCUGAUAUACGAGGCGUACACCAACUUCGGGAAGCUGACCAACUCGGCCAUCGAGCGCCUGCGGCUCAAGCACCGGCUCAAGGUGAUCCAGACGAUCGAGGACUCGACGAUGAACAGCAUGAUCCGCUGUGUGGAGGCUGAGCAGUUCUUCACGGCGGCAGAGCUGAAGGACCUGUUCCUCUACAUCAAGGAGGAGUACCUGACGCUGCAGUCGUACGGACGCGGCGCGCUGCCCGACCCGGCCGAGAAGCAGGACCCGUCCGUGCACAACUACCAGCUGUACAAGGUGGACUACCCCCUCUUCCACACCCUCUUCCACAAGUUGUGUAACUGGAGCGCCGGCUCCAUGGCGGACAGCAUCGCCUCUCGCGCCUUCAAGCUGAUGGACACCAGUGGGGACGGUCUGUUGGACCUGCGCCAGCUGGCCUGGCUGCUCGGCCUGAUGACCCGCAGUGACCUGCCGCGGCGCCUCCGGCUCUUCUACUGCCUCCACCUGCCGCCGCUACUCGACCAGCACGAGAUGGACUCGCCCAUCUCGGACAACACCGAGGUGGCGUCGGAGGCGUGCGAGUACUUCGAGGCGUUGUCUGACGCCGAGCCGCCGCCCAUCAGUCUGGCCGAGAUGCGCGAGCUGGUGCUGGGCGAUGGGCACCGCUCGCGCACCGUCAGCGGCACCAGCUUCACCUCAGGCGCCAGCGGCACUGGCGAGGAGUCGUCGCAGGUGCCGAUGAUGAACCAGAAGCAGUUCAUCUACAUGUGGCGCGCGCUGUACGACAUGUUCAGCGAGGAGCAGACGCGGCCGGAGAUUUUCCACUCGAUCGCGCACGUCGGGACGCUGCUGCUGCAGAUCGGGGAGGUGGGCAAACGGUUUCAGAAGGAGCGCACGGCCUCGGCGUCGGCCGUGCUGCAGGGCCCGGAGGCGCGGCCGGUGGACGGCCUGACGGACAUGUCGCUGCUGUCGGAGGCGCUGUCCGAGGUGACGCCGGAGCCGGCGGCCGACGAGGCGCCGUCCGCCGCCGGCCGCCUCCCGGAUGCCGACUGGGCCGUCUCGUUCGAGCAGUUCGUCGCGUCCGUGCUGACCGAGCCGCCGCUGGUGGCGUUCUUCGAGGCGCGCGCCGACGUGGUGGCGGCGGUGAGCCAGCUGCGCAACGUGCGCCUGACACGCCAGACCUCGCUGAGCUUCAGCACGUCGCCGGCCGAGGUGAACGCGCUCGUGUGAGUCGCCGUGCGCGCACUGCGGCCGCUGGAGACGUGCGCUCGCUCGCCUGAGCCCCGCGCGGCCGGCCAGACGUGGAGGCGGCUGCUUCGCGGACGGAGGGAGGCGCCGACGGUACUCAUGCAGGCGGCUGGCCGGAGCUGAGCAGCCGCUGCCGGCGAACUGGCCGGCGCCUCGGUGCCGAACGGCCG